ACUGAAGAAAGCUGUUCCUCCGAUAAUGUUCUCCUUGGCAAUAAUUUUUUUCACUCUGCUUGUGACGUCAGGUGAGACGUCAGCAGCAUGUACUGAGCUGUUCAGUGAGGUAGGCACUCGCUGCCUGAGGUUCCUACCAGACGUUGAACUUGACUGGACUGAUGCGCAGUCUCGUUGUGACGUCAUCGGGGGACACCUCGCCCGGGUUGACGACUGUUCGCUUAUAGCGGGGAUUGCGGCCUACGUGGGAGCGCAUGGUGUCCAACCGACGUCUGGGGCUUAUUGGAUCGGGGCGACCGACCGUCUGCAGGAAGGCAAGUUCAUUUGGAUCUCCAACAACCAAACCGAACUCUCUCUGGGCACUCCAUUUUGGGGAACAUCCGAAAACAUUCGGGAGCCGAACGGAGGAAGUUUACAGAAUUGCGUGGCGAUGAUGAAGAACCAAGCCUAUCAUUUUCAUGACGUAGAGUGCAGUGUCAAACUAGGCGCUUUGUGCGAGCAAAAUACAGAUGCUGAAACGGACACUACAACUGGAGAGCCGCAUUGUACAACUGGCGUUGCAACUGAUGAUGUAACCGCUACAACUAAAGAGCCAUACACUCUAACUGAAGCGACUACGCCUAAUGAAAGAACAUCCAGUUCAGCUUUAGAGACAACCGGUAACACGGGCAAGACAGACACUACAACUGUAGAGCAUUACAGUACAACUGAAAAACCAGUGUUGUGUCCCGACGGCUACACCAGCAUCAGCGGCCGGUGCUUCCUCUUCCUCACGGACGCCGUUGAGUCGUGGACGGCAGCGCGGUUAACAUGCAGCCUCAAUAACAGUGGCAGGCUGGCAUACGUCGAUAACUGUCAUCUUCUGGGCGAUCUUGCCGCCUAUCUCGUGGACAACGAUAUUUCCCCGACGACUGGCUACUGGAUUGGAAUUCACGACCAUGAAGCAGAAGGAAUCUUCAGGUUCACAGAUGGAACCUUAGCCCCCUUGACGACUCCCCUUUGGGGCUUUACAAACGACACCAUGGAACCGAAUGGAGGGCUGGACGAGAACUGCGUCGCUAUGAUAGCGGCCGACGACUUCUUCCUACAUGACGAAGACUGCGACGCUGCUUUGGCGGUGUUGUGUGAGGCAGCGUGGAACACAGAUACGCAGUUUUACAUGUAACUUCUUCAUGCAUUGUGAAGAAAUUAUUAUAGAAAAUGGAUAAUUGUCGAUAAGAAAAUACCAAAUUAUUUCCAUAAUGAAAAUUACUAAAAUUACACAGGAUCCGCCUAGUGUGAAGCUCAAUAUCAAAAUUCUACGAUCGUUUCUGUUGGAAGGUUUUACGUACGAAAUCGUUUCUGACGAGUUUGAAGGUUUUAAGAACACUAAGAACUAUUAGAAAUGUUUGACAAUGGGUGAUAUGAACACUUGUGACUUCCUGUGAAUUACGAUGUUUUGAGAGAUGGAACAUAAUAAUCAUUUCGCUUCAGAAAAUAUCUCCUUGAAAAAUAAUCCUAUUUAUGAAAUGCACGUAAGCAAUUUUUCCUAUUGUUUUUUUUUCAGUUGCCGGACGGCUAUUGCACAGCAUGCAUAUAAUAUAGAUAAAUAAAUAGUAAAAAAUGUGCUAUGCCAUGAUUCGAUAUGAUGACUAGCAUCACUAAAUCAUUGUUCUAGGCGAUAUUCCACCGAAUAGUUAGUUGAGAGAAGGGAUCAAUAGGCUGUCGUAAUGAUUUUAAUUUUCAACCUAUUUUUAUGUAAUAAUCAUUACUGGUCGCAACCAUUUUAAUGACGUAAUCAUAAUAAUUUAGUUGUCAUAAAAUGUCGAAACAAUUAUAAUGUAGUAACCACUACAAUCUAAUGACCAUCAUAAUGUUGCAACCCUUAUAAUGUCCUAACCCAUUAUUAUCCCCUAAUAUAAUGAUUGUGUCCAUUAUAAACAUUAUAAAGUCAUGCCCAUUGUUUUGCCGUAACCAUUGUAAUGCCGUGUCUUAUAGUGCCAUUAUAACGUCGUGACCGUUAUUACUUUCUACAAAUUAUAAUGUCAUAAUCAUUAUAAUGUCAUUAACAAUAUAAUACCAUAAUUAUUUCAUUUUUAGCAGUAAAAUUUCGAAACCAUUAUAAUGUCAUAAUUAUUAUAAUGUCAGAAAAAAUAUAAUGCCAUACCUAUUUAAUUGUAUACCAGUAUAGUGUCGAAACCAUUCUAAUAUGUCACCAUCUUAAUUUCAUAACUAUCAUAAUAUCGCAACUCUUAUAAUGGAAACUAUCACUAUACCGCAACCAGUGCAUUGUAAUGACUUAUGAUACCGUAACCAUUGUGGUGCUUUAACUACUAUAAUGUCGUUGCAUAAAAGAUGUAUGCAAAAUCAUUCCGUUCUAAAGCAACAAAGCUUGUCUUUGGAGCGAGAGAAAUUGAUUUAAUGAUUUUAAUUUUUAACUAAAUUUUCAACGAUUUUGUCGAAGAAAAUCAGAAAUAAAAUUUUCACAGUUUGAACUUGUAAGAUUCUCCGCGGAACACUGAUUCUCUUGUAGUGUACUGAGUUGUAUUUAGCUUGCGAUAAAAUUC